AGCCUGCUAUCCCUUGCAAUCUAAGAAUCUGCCUUUCUAACGCGUGAAGAUGUCCUUCCAUUUUGGGCGUGGCUGUGUGAGGGGAAGACCUCCUCCAGGUCAGCAUGGUUCACCCCCAAAUUACCGCCCUACUGAUCUGAGACAACCCUUUCCUCCGGCUGCAGCGCCACCUUACUACUAUGAGCCUCCUGCGCCUCCCUGUUCAGGCUACAGUUCUCAGGGCAGUGGCGGUUAUGUGCCUCCACGUCCUGAUUUUAUGUCUUAUUCACUCCCUGCGUCUUCACAAUAUCACGGCCCCGUAAACCAGUGCCCCAUGAGACCCCCUUUCCCCAGCCCCCCUGUCCGGCAAGGCUUCCCCGAGCCUCCAAACUUCCCCCCGCCCCCUCUGCCGAAUACCUCAGGCAGUGGUGGGGCAGGAUCUUCGGCCUCGGCCCAGGGCUCUUACCCCUACAUGAUGCCUAAUGUCCCGCCUCCACCUCUACCCCCCAUGCCCCACUCUGUGCCCCAGGGAAUGCCCUACCAGCAGCCUUACCCUGUGACCUACCCACAGCCUCACUUUCCCCCUCCCCCCGGUUUCAGCCCUGGUUACGGGCAAGCCGGCAGUUCCUUUAAGCCAGACCACUUCCGCCACGCGCCACAGUACAAGAACGACAAGCUGCCAGCCGAACGCGCGCGCUCGCCCGAGAGGCCUCGCCGUCACGACGACCACCGUCACAAAAGUCACGGGUACGUGAGUCAUGGCGAAAAGUAUAAGACGGAGUACUCGGCGGAGAGGAAGGACAGAGGGAGGAGCCCAGAGAGACGGAGGCAGGAGGGGGCAAGGUAUCGAUCAGAGUACGAGCGAGGCAGAUCUCCUCCUCGCCACCGUAGCAGAGAACGCAGCAGGGAGCGCUAUCGUCACAGAGACAGCCGCAGCUCUCCUCCUGUGGAUAGAUAUCGGAAGCGGGGCAGGAGUCACUCAGGGAGUCGGGAACGCAAGCGUGCUCGCUGGGAGGAGGAAAGGGAACGUUCCGAGAGACGUUCGGAAGCUCCGGGAUCCAGCAGAGAACGCAGCUACACCUCCGUCAGGAGCCGCGACGCGGAAGAGAGCCCCGCAGAUCGCCACGACGAUGAGAAGGAGGAGGAAGAGCUGCUGAAACCGGCCUGGAUCCGGUGCACGCAUGCCGAAAACUACUACUCUAACGAUCCCAUGGACCAAGUGGGGGACUCUACAGUGGUGGGGACCAGUAAACUGAGAGAUCUGUAUGAGCGUUUUGAGGAGGAACUGGGGAAGAGACAGGAACGUGCCAAAUCAGCCAGGCCCAAAUGGGACCCACCGAAAACCAAACUAGAUGAAGAUCAGGACGAGAGCUCCAGUGAGUCAGAGUGCGAGUCUGACGGCGAGGGCAGCAGUUGUUCCAGCAGCUCGGACUCGGAGGUGUUUGACGUCAUCGCGGAGAUCAAGAGGAAAAAAGCUCAUCCUGACCGUCUUCAUGAUGAACUGUGGUACAACGACCCAGGUCAGAUGAAUGAUGGACCAUUGUGUAAGUGCAGUGCCAAAGCCAGACGCACGGGAAUUCGUCACAGCAUCUACCCUGGAGAGGAGCCGGUGAAGAUUUGUCGACCGAUGAACAACAAUGCUGGGAGGCUCUUCCACUACAGAAUCACGGUGUCUCCGCCUACUAACUUUCUGACGGACAGACCCACGGUGAUUGAGUAUGAUGAUCAUGAGUACCUGUUCGAAGGCUUCUCCCUCUUCUCACACACGCCUCUUACGAAUAUCCCUUUGUGUCGGGUGAUUCGUUUCAACAUAGAUUACACCAUUCACUUUAUCGAGGAAAUGUCACCAGAGAACUACUGCGUGAGGGGGCUGGAGCUAUUCUCAGCCUAUCUGUUUAAAGACAUCCUAGAACUUUAUGACUGGAACCUUACAGAUCCGGAGUCAGAGGGGGAGUCUUCAGGCUGUCCCAAAUUCCAUUUCAUGCCUCGUUUCGUUCGAUUCCUCCCAGAUGGAGGUAAGGAGGUUUUGUCCAUGCACCAGGUCCUGCUGUAUCUCUUGCGCAGUAGUAAACCUCUGGUCCCUGAGGAGGAGAUAGCUAACAUGCUGCAGUGGGAGGAACUGGAGUGGCAGAAGUAUGCAGAGGAAUGCAAGGGCAUGAUUGUUACCAACCCUGGAAUGAAGCCGAGUUCUGUGCGGAUAGACCAGCUGGACCGGGAACAGUUUAAUCCAGACGUCAUCACCUUUCCCAUCAUAGUGCACUUUGGCAUCCGACCCGCUCAGCUAAGCUAUGCUGGAGACCCUCAGUACCAGAAAUUAUGGAAGAGCUAUGUCAAACUACGCCACCUACUGGCCAAUAGCCCCAAGGUCAAGCAGAUCGACAAACAGAAACUCACGCAGAGAGAGGAAGCUCUACAGAAGAUCAGACAGAAGAACACAAUGCGUCGUGAGGUCACCGUGGAACUCAGCAGCCAAGGAUUCUGGAAGACUGGCAUUCGUUCUGAUGUCUGUCAGCACGCCAUGAUGCUGCCAGUACUCACCCACCAUAUCCGCUACCACCAGUGCCUGAUGCACCUGGACCAACUCAUCGGCUACGUCUUUAAAGACCGCUGUCUGCUGCAGUUGGCCAUGACUCACCCGAGUCAUCACCUGAAUUUUGGAAUGAAUCCUGACCAUGCCCGCAACUCCCUGUCUAACUGUGGAAUCCGUCAGCCCAAGUAUGGUGAUAGGAAGGUGCAUCAUAUGUACAUGAGGAAAAAAGGAAUCAACACCUUAAUCAACAUCAUGUCACGACUAGGACAGGAUGAUCCCUCCCCUUCUAGGAUCAAUCACAAUGAGCGGCUGGAGUUUCUUGGUGAUGCUGUUGUCGAGUUCCUCACCAGUGUUCAUUUGUAUUACCUGUUUCCCAACCUGGAGGAGGGAGGUCUGGCUACGUACCGCACCGCCAUUGUUCAGAACCAGCAUCUUGCCAUGCUGGCCAAGAAACUGGAGCUGGACCGUUUCAUGCUGUACGCGCACGGCCCUGACCUUUGCAGGGAGUCUGACCUGAGACACGCCAUGGCCAACUGCUUCGAGGCACUUAUAGGGGCAGUUUAUUUGGAAGGAGGGUUAGAAGAAGCCAAACACCUCUUUGGAAGGCUACUUUUCAACAGUGAGGAACUGCGGGAGGUCUGGCUCAACUAUCCUCCUCAUCCAUUACAGGUCCAGGAGCCAAUGACAGACAGACAGCUGAUUGAGUCAUCUCCAGUCCUGCAGAAGCUGACCAGCUUUGAGAAGGCCACAGGAGUUCUCUUCACACACGUGCGGCUGCUCGCACGAGCCUUCACACUCCGUACCGUGGGAUUCAACCAUCUCACCCUGGGGCAUAACCAGAGGAUGGAAUUCCUGGGGGACUCCAUCAUGCAGCUGGUAGCCACCGAGUAUCUCUUCAUCCACUUCCCAGACCACCAUGAGGGACAUCUGACGCUCCUGAGGAGUUCCCUGGUGAAUAACCGGACCCAGGCUAAAGUAGCUGAAGAGUUGGGGAUGCAGGAGUAUGCCAUCACUAAUGACAAAACCAAGAGGCCCGUAGCUCUGAGGACCAAGACUCUGGCCGACCUUCUGGAGUCCUUUAUUGCAGCACUUUACAUAGACAAGGACCUAGAGUACGUGCACACUUUCAUGAAUGUCUGCUUCUUUCCUCGCCUGAAGGAGUUCAUUCUGAAUCAAGACUGGAAUGACCCCAAGUCUCAGUUGCAGCAGUGCUGUCUCACUCUGCGAACGGAAGGCAAGGAGCCUGAUAUUCCUCUCUACAAGACUCUGCAAACAGUGGGCCCAUCUCAUGCAAGGACCUACACAGUAGCAGUGUACUUUAAAGGAGAGAGAAUAGGCUGUGGAAAAGGACCCAGCAUCCAGCAAGCUGAGAUGGGGGCCGCCAUGGAUGCACUUGAGAAAUAUAACUUCCCUCAGAUGGCUCAUCAGAAGCGCUUCAUUGAGCGAAAGUACAGGCAGGAGCUAAAGGAGAUGAGGAGAGAGCGAGAACGGCAGGAGAGAGAGAGCGACGAUGGGGAGGACGGCAGGAAGUAAUGCAGCUCCUGCUCUGCUGGCUCGUGUGAUGGAGACAGAGGAAGAUAAGAAAGGACAGAGGUAGUCA